CGUUGCAGUGAAUCGAAACUUUCUUGUUGUAGUGGAUCGAAACUUUGCCAAGAGAAAGAAAGAGGGCUCCGGUAUGUUCUGGAGGUUGGAGGAAGUGGUAGGAAAAAAAAGAGAAAAAGAAGGUAAUGACUAUUAUUUUAGUAUUUGGUCCAUGACUAGCUUUUAAGAUCCCAUCUAAUCUACCUUAUUCAAACCGAACACAAACCGAAAUAUCUCGAAAUAUCUCUCUCAUCAGUCAUCGCUCAUUUCCUUCGAAUAACAACCGAUGUUGUCUCAGCUCAGGAGAAAGCUUGAUUUGUCGUACGAGAUUCUCCCCGACGACGUCGUAUUCGACAUCCUGACUCGGCUGCCGGUGAAAUCCUUAAUCCGAUUCAGGUGCGUUUCCAAAUCAUGGUACGCUACGAUCACCAGCCGCAUAUUUAUCACCAGGCACCUCAACUUCAAUCUCAACCUCAAAUUAUCAUCCAAAAACAACCACAAUGGUUAUCUUCUAUGUAAGUCUGACAAUGAAUUGUGUACUUUGGUUUACAAUAGCGACCGCACACUGACUGAGGUUUCUAGGUUUCAAAUCCCCUUGUGGGGUGCCAACAUGGUUGACUAUUGUAAUGGGAUUUUCUUCCUUUAUAGCUAUGUUAAUCCUACAAUUUAUUUGUGGAACCCAAGCAUUCAAAUGUUUAAAACCAUCGAUGCUACGCGAUUCAGACCAUUCACUAUGGACUAUUUUGAUAGCGUUGUCUUUGGAUUUGCCUAUCUUGCUGAAAUCAGCGAUUUCAAGAUUCUUAGAAUUGUGUCUUAUAAAGGGUUUGAUGAAGAAAAAGCACCCCCGGCUGAGGCCGAGGUUUACACAUUGAGUACUGAUUCGUGGAGAACAGUUGAAAUAUUGGUGGAGUCUGUGCCCAAUAUUAGAUAUAUUCUUGCUGUACAACCUAACUCCUGUUUGUUUUUCAAUGGAGCUCUGCAUUUUAUAGCGUGUACUUUGGGCAACGACGAUAAUAGUUUCAUUCUGUCCUUUGAUGUCAAUGAUGAGAUUUUUCGAGACAUAAAACUGCCCGAGAAUUACUUAGAUGGAUUAGGUCCAAAUUCUGACCACCACGUUCACCAACUUGUGGUGUUCAAGGGAUCGUUGGCUUUGGUUGUUAUUGGUCCAGACGAUGAUGUAGAUGAAGAUGAAGAUGAAGAAGAAGAAGAAGAUGAUGAUGAUGAACCAGAUACUUCAAAUAUAUGCCUCAUAUGGGUGAUGAGAGAGUAUGGUGUGGUUGAGUCUUGGACAAAAACAAAUGUACUGUUUGAUUGGGUUAUUAAGCUCUUUGGCUGCACUAACAGUGGUGAAUUUCUAGUCCAAAUGUUUGACAGAAGGCUCGUUUCGUUAGACACUGAGAAUCUGAAAGUGAACCAUCUUGGAAUUCAAAUUCCUUUCUGGUUGUAUUACACAGCUGAUCUUAUGAAGAGCUUGGUUUUACUUGAUCAGUGCUGAUAUGGAACCUGAAAGAAAUCCUGGAGCAGCUACUGGCACGUCAAAUUGCUAUAGCCUCUGGUUUUUCCCAAAGUGUCAGCUUCUUCCACUAGGUACCCAUCUUCUCAUCUCUCCCUGUAUAAGUGAUCCCUCCACUGCUCCAAAACGACUUGCUUCGUCAAGCACAUAUCCUUCUUAGACCAGUUUUAUUUGCUACACAAAGUUUACAAAUCUGUGCUUCCAAUUUCAAGAGCAAAGAACAGUCUUGUGAAGGGUAGAAGACAAGUUCAACAAGAAGAGCUAUUGCGGCAGACAGUUGCAGUUGUGGAAGCCACGAAGGACCGCGGGAUCUGUACGUGGAAUUUUAUCAUCAGAUUAGCACAGCAACAUUCUUAGAACCAUCGGAAGCCAUUUUCAACUUCUACAACGGUUUCAACCAAAUUGAGAGAUGAUAAAAUGAAGCAGUUGGAGUAAAUGAGGAAAGUCAUGUACUUGAGUUGUUGGGGUCCUAAUUGAAGACAGUAGUCAGCUGAAUAAGGUGACCAUACAAGUGAGCCUGUGAAUUCUGAUGGAACUUCGUUUAGUGCUGGAAGACUUCAAAAUUAACACGUACAGGAGAUUUUGUACAUGGUUUAUUGGUGUGAAAUGUCAGGCUGAGCUAAGCAGGCAUAGAUAUAUGUUUGCUGAGCAUACUUAGAACCAUCAGAAGCCGUUUUCAACUUCUACAAUGGUUUCAACCAAAUUGAGAGAUGAUAAAAUGAAGCAGUUGGAGUAAAUGAGGAAAGUCAUGCAGUACUUGAGUUGUUGGGGGUCCUAAUUGAAGACAGUAGUCAGCUGAAUAAGGUGACCAUACAAGUGAGCCUGUGAAUUCUGAUGGAACUUCGUUUAGUACAUGAAGACUUCAAAAUUAACACGUACAGGAGAUUUUGUACAUGGUUUAUUGGUAGGAACUGUCAGGCUGAGCUAAGCAGGCAUAGAUAUAUGUUUGCUAAGCCUAUGUGCUUGUAAGAGCUAGAUCAGCUAAAGGUCUUUUGCCAUUAGCAAUUUAGCACUAGAAAAGAAGGCAUGAAUAUUUGCUAUUUGUACAAGAUGCCUAUGAAAGAGAAGUUACUAUGAACGAAAAGCAAAGAAUAAAAAGAAGAUUGCAACAUGCAUUGAGAGUGAGCUGAAUUUAGUUUUUCCACAGCCAUGGUGUUUGACCGGAUUUGGAGAGUAAGGAAUCAAGUGUGUUUGAGAGAAAAAAGAUCAAUAUAGACCAAGUCAUGACAGGUCUAAGCAGCACUUUCUUGAAAGACCUGCAGUUGCUGGACCCCAGAGAAGCGAGCAAAAGUUCCUGUUAAAGGGUACCAUGAUGCAGCAGUUUGCUCAAACCCCUUAAUCUUGGCUAUGGUCACAACUCACCAGGACUCAUAGAGGUUAGGUGUUAAGUGCGGAGGUAACUAUUUCAUACUUAGUAGACACGGAGGUGGUAGAAAGUGAGGCUAUGUGGAGGGCAAUUGGCCUAGUAACAGCCAACAAGCAUGGAAUUGCCCAAUAUAAUCCCUGAAGGGGAUUCGAAACUCUGCCUAGAUGUGAUUGUGUCCAAAGGAAAACAGGCAAGUUGGAAGAUUGCGCGAUUCAAUCCAAGACAUUCGGUUGUUGGCAAUGUCUUUUGAAAGGUGCUUGUUCAACUGGAUUCCAAGAGAAGCAAAUGUAGCAGCUAAUGAACUAGGAGCCCCGGCUUAUUCCUUUUCUCAGCUUCUGUUUUCCGGGUUAUUGUUUCUGAAGCCCAGAAUAGUUUUGUUUUGUAAAUCUCGUAUUUUGUCUUCAAUGAAAUUGAUCUUUGUACAGAAAAUAAUAAUAAAAUGCAUAGAGAGACUCAUAUCAAAUUAAGCUUGACUGCUUGAGAUUCA